ACACGCGUUGGGCUACGCAUGGCCCCCCAUCGGUGGUCAACAGCCACCCCAUUCCAUCGGACCCUGAGGGCCAGUUCGUUGUGGUUCACAACGGCAUCAUCACGAACUACAACAUCAUGAAGGACUUCUUGAUAAAGCACGGCGAGACGUUUGCGACGGAAACGGACACGGAGGUAAUCCCCAAGCUUUGCACGUUCGUGUACGACCGGCUGUCUGAAAAGGUGCCCUUUCCCAAGCUGGUGAUGGAGGUGCUGAAGAAGCUGGAGGGCGCCUACGCGGUGCUGGUCAAGAGCACCCACUACCCAGGCGAGCUGGUUGCCUGCAAGCGCGGCAGUCCCAUGAUCCUGGGCAUCAAGGAGGAGCCGGGCGCGCGCAGCACCUCCUUCAACCGCCUGCACGACGCGGCGGACACCAAGUGGCGCCGCGAGGCACUCGAGUGCUUCAUCGCCUCGGACGCCUCGGCCGUCAUCGAGCACACCAAAAAGGUGAUUGUGCUGGAGGACAACGAUGUGCUGCACCUGUGCGGCGGCGGGUACGGCAUCUACAACACGGAGGGUGGCAACGUGGAGGAGGCGGUGCCGCGGGUGCUGCUCACGCUGCAGCUGGAGGUGGAGCAGAUCAUGAAGGGCGGCUACGACCACUUCAUGCAAAAGGAGAUCCACGAGCAGCCCGAGUCGCUGCUGCAGACCAUGCGCGGCCGCGUGCAGUUCCAGCGCCCCGCCGUGGGCAACCCCUACCUCACGCCGCGCGUCAAGCUGGGCGGGCUGGUGGAGCACGGCCCCACCAUCCGGCGCUGCCGGCGGCUGAUGCUGGUGGCGUGCGGCACCUCCUUCCACGCCUGCCUGGCGGCGCGGCAGACGCUGGAGGAGAUGUGCGAGGUGCCGGUGGUGCUGGAGCUGGCCAGUGACUUCCUGGACCGGCGCUGCCCGAUCUUUAGGGAUGACACGUGCGUGUUCCUGUCCCAGAGCGGUGAGACGGCGGAUACGCUGCGGUCGCUGGAGUACGCCAAGUCGCACGGGGCGCUGUGCGUGGGCAUCACCAACACGGUCGGCAGUGCCAUCUCCCGCAUGACCCACUGCGGCGUGCACCUGAACGCCGGCUACGAGAUCGGCGUCGCCUCCACCAAGGCCUACACCUCGCAGAUCCUGGCGGUCACCAUGAUGGCGCUGCAGCUGGCGGAGGACAGCAUCAGCAAGCGGGAGCGGCGGGACUGCAUCAUUGACGAACUGGGCCAGCUGCCCGGCAAGGUGCGCAGCGUGCUAAUGCUGGACAGCGCCAUGCGGCAGUUGGCGGAGCAGCUGCGCUCCGCAACCAGCCUGCUCUUCUUCGGGAGGGGGUACAACUACGCCACGGCGCUGGAGGCGGCACUCAAGGUGAAGGAGGUUGCGCUGAUCCACAGCGAGGGCAUGCUGGCGGGCGAGAUGAAGCACGGCCCGCUGGCGCUCGUGGACAAGCACCUACCCAUCGUGGUCAUUGCGACACGGGACGGCAUGUAUAAGAAGAUGGAGAGCGUCAUCCAGCAGCUGCUGGCGCGCGACGCGCAGCUCUACAUCCUCUGCAACGAGAACGACGAGAGCAUGAAGCAGUACGAGGCCAGGGGCUGCAAGCUCAUACAGGUCCCCGAGACAGUGGACUGCUUGCAACCGGUCAUCAACAUCGUACCGCUGCAACUGCUGUCGUACCACCUGACCGUACUACGUGGACUAAACGUUGACCAGCCUCGCAACCUCGCCAAAAGCGUCACUGUUUCGGAGGAGCACUGAGGGAUGAGGAGGAGUGGGCUAUCUGCGAGGGUAUCCCUAGUGCAGCCCGAUGCUUGUCAGGGAUUGAGCCCGGACGCUUGCAUUGGAUGCUAUGAGGACUUGAGGCUCUUGGGUGCAUGGGGCUUGGGGAGGGGGCAGCAUUGGAUGGGAGGGCAUGGAAAAAAGGGUACUUGCAUUCUUGUUUGAAAGCUUGGAUUGGAUUGAAAAGCUUUGUCUGUACUGAGCAUUGUCUGCGUGGGGCUUGCUGUGCUGGAGUGGACUGCUUCGGAAGUAAUGGCAUUGAUGCCGAGAAAGGGGAUGACAGCCACUUAAACUGAGGGCCCCUAUGACCCUGCACUGAUCACGUGGGGCCAAAGGGUUGAACCGUUAACCAGACGACACCAUAACCAGGUGCAUUGAGAUGCCCCUUGGGGUAUAUACACAUGUGCGUACUAAGCCAGGGUCGGGAGAUGGCGUAUUGUAUUCAUCAGCGUGACCGGUUGCGUGCUGGCAACCGGUGCAAGCUCUGCUUGCUUCUCAGCUAGUGGUCCCUGUUCGUGUGGUGCAGAACAUUUGACAACCGGUCCCAAAGUUUAGCCGCUACUGUGGAAGGGUCGUUGACCGCAUGUGAGCCGCACAGGGACCCUGCCGUCGUCAUGUGGUGCGAAACGAUUUGGCGGGCUUCAUAUAGGAGCCCUUUGCUAGGUUCUCAUUUGUCUGGGUUGACCACGUGUGGUUACAUUACCAAGGCAGCAGGCCAGGGGCUUGGAUUUCCUAGCCACGGCAUAGUGCAGCUGCAGACGGUGGUACGCGCGUACGUCAUAGUUCUUUUGUGUCCAGUGGGCGCGGUGCAGGCAUGGACCUUCGUGGGCUACGUGAUACCCCGGAUAGAGCUCGUAUUGUGGACAUAAGUGGGUGCUGGCUGAGCAAGCAUGAGUGUUGGACAUUUGUCCUCUGACAUGACAUGUGUAUCCAUACC